AUGCCACAGUACAGAAGGAGAGGCUGGUAUGAUCAAGAUGGACAAGGUAGCAUAGAUGUCCCAGACAGUGAGGAAUUAUGAAGCAUACCAGUCUAUUGUUUCCCGAUUGCAACUGGAGACAUGGAUGUAUGUGGGCUGUUGGGAUGAAGACAUGGGCUAGACUUGCAGUCGGCUUAGCUGCCCCACCUCAAGCCCAGCUAGAGCCAACAAUCCACAUACAACCACCCUGUUGACCUGCCCCAUAAUCCUGUAUAAUUGCUGCCCACCUCCCAGUUAAAGGCCAAACAGAAUACAUGUCUGUGUGCUGUAAUUUCUGAGAAAGAAAAGAGAAGGGAUUUUCCAGUCCCACCCAGGAGACAGGAAUAUGUAUACAACAGGAGAAACUUUUCAUUCGGGAUUUCAGCUGAAUGAGCUCCUUGUUUUGGUUUGCUUCUGGUAGAACCAGUUUUUGUUGAUGUCUACCAUUUUACUAAGAUCAUUAAAAAAGAAUUAAUCCCAUCCUCUAAAAUGUUUGCACUCCCUCCCAAUUCUGAUUCAUCUGCAAAUUUGAUACAUUAAUGCAACCUGCUCAUUUGUCAGGACUGAUGUCAGGACAUCGAGAGGUCAAAAACAUACCUAGAGAGCUUUUAUUUGGCACAUUCACUGGGAAAGGGAAUGAUGAUGACUACUGAUAGUCCAUAAAGUUGUACACAUUAUUGUGUUGGCGUUGGGACGUCCUGGAGGGAAUGUAUGUUGCCUUUUUCAAGGAUGCUUCCUGUCUCAAGAGCAUUGGCUUGGAAUAAAGUAGAGCUGCUGUUUGGAGAUACAGUGCCGCUACGCCAAUGAGUCUUAGAUCCAGUGAAUCUCAUCGGAUUUCUUGGCACCCUCUCACUGCUGUCUUGUCAUGUUGCAGGUCUGCAAGAAGUUCAGGCUACCAGUGGUGAGUGUACAUUUUCUGCAUUUCUCUUCCUUCUGUUUCAAAUGUAUUGAUGCAUGUCACCCCAAUCUCUGAACGGUUUGAGAUUCCAGGGGUUGAAGGCUUUUAUGCGGGGUUUGUGUUUUCCCUCCAAAUUCAGCUUUUUCAUUUGAAAAUAUUUGGCUCAGCAAUUCCUUUGUCCAGUAAUUGCCCAGCUGUGUAAUUGGAGCAUAUAUGUGAGGCAUGGAAUAAGUAAUUUAAAUAUUUUUGCAUGUCGUGAGCCCAGAUUGUUCAUCAACAGAUUGUUCAUCCACAGAGAAGUCUUCUAAGGAGCUGUUUUGCUAGCACUGAGUAAUUUUUUUCUCGUUUCUUCCUUGGGGCAAGUGAAGCACUGAAUACCUUUUGAUGCAGAGACAUUGCAGGGGUGCCAACUAGAAUAAAUAUGGGAGGCAGAUAAGCCCUGCCCUACACAAUUAAUCACAUGGUGUGGUGCAUGCACAUCAUUUGAAUGGCAAUUGAAAUCAACUGUGGGGGCCCCAGCCCCUCAAAUACUUUAUUGGGGUACUGAAGGGAACUUGGCCCCUAGGAGUUGGCUCCUAUGAGAGACAGAAUUCCCCUGCCUUCAUGAGAUUCUGCCCAUUGCACAUAUAUAAGAGUCACUGCUGUUGGCUUGCUUUUUUCUCACCAGGGGAUAAUGAUGAAGAUGGCCAUAUGAUUACGUGAAUGUGCUGUUAAGGUUGAGUCAAACCUGUCUCCACUAUAUUAUCAGUUAGAAUCCAUAUGAUCUCAGUGUCUCCUCUAACCUCAUGGCAGUUUGAAUGAAUCUUUGUCCUUUCUUGCAGCCUGUGGGCGGCCUCAUGUCAGCCUCAACCGGAUUGUGAAGGGACAGGACACAGUGCCAGGGGAGUUCCCCUGGCAGAUCAGCUUACAGCUGAACAAAAGGCAUGUGUGUGGAGGGUCCCUCAUCUCUGAGGAGUGGGUGAUAACCGCAGCACACUGUUUCUAUCAGUGAGUAUACAGGGUGGGAUGGCAAAAUUACUGAUGCCUUUGGAUCCCCCAACCCAGAAUACUAGAUCUGGUAGAGUUGCCAUAUUUCAAAAAGUGAAAAUCUGGACACAAAGGUUGUUGAGCAUUGGGGGGGGGGGGGUGCAAACCAGAAACCAACAUUGCUGACACGGGUUGCAAUAUAUCUGGGUUGCAAUAUGUCCGGAUUUUUCUGGACAUUUAGCCAAUUUCUGACAGGACACUGCUUCUGAUUACAGUAUUCCGGGUACAUCUGGGAAAUUCCGGAUGUAUGGUAAUACUAACUCUGGCCUUUUGAGAAGGAAAGGACAGGCAAAGAAGUUACCACAGCUUGCUCUGGCUUGCUUUUCUCCCACCCAUCCCCCACUACACCCACAGGGUCAACUAUCAAACUCACACUUUCUGAAACAAGAUGCAAACUGACACAGAGCAAUCAUUCAAAAUGUGCACUGAUCCAAAUUUUGUAGUGCAGUUCUCCAACAAAAUUUGCUCCAAAAUCCAGCCCUGAAUACCAUUCAUUCACCUAGCCCCACUCUUUCUGUUAUGUUUCCAGGUUCAGGGAUCUCUCCCAGUACCAGGUCCUCCUAGGGGCCAACCAGCUAUCCAAUCCUGGCCCCCAGUCAUGCUGCUUGGGAGUGAAGAAGGUCAUCGUAAACCCAACUUACGCAGGACAGACCAGCAGCGGGGACAUCGCUCUUGUGCAGUUGACCAGGAAGGUCCACUAUUCGGAAUUUAUCCUACCCAUUUGCCUGCCUGAUGCUUCUGUGAAGUUUCCUCCUGGCAAAGUUUGCUGGGUCACCGGCUGGGGCAACCUGCGUCAUUCAGGUUUGUGUGUGUGUGUGUGUGUGUGCGUGAGAGAGAGAGAGAGAGAGAGAGAGGAGGAGGAGACAGGGGCAGGAUAAGGGGCAGGAACUUGUGUGGAGAAAAAAGAUAUAGUAAUAACUUCACAAUAGAAAGCAGGGUACCCAGUAAAAUUGCUUUAUAUUAAAUUAAAAUCUAAAAUUGAAUAUGAAUACCCUAUACCAAGGAAAGCAAUCAUGGGAGGGGUGGCAUGGCGAUGUCACUCCCCCUCAGGGAUGACAUCCAGAGCAGACUGCACCCCCCGCACCCCCUUCCUCCGCCAGUGACAGUAGGAGAGAGAAAGAAAAGGAGGAGUGGCUAAGAGACCCUGUUUGGUGUCGUGAUUUGAGUGUUGUACUAGGGCCUGAGAUAUUUGAGUUCAAAUCCCCACUCAGCCACAAAACAUACUGGGUGACAGUGGGACAAUCACUCUCUCCCAGUCCACUACUGGGGGCGGACAGCAGGCGGGGGCAUGGCUGGCACCCCCAGGGGCAUGGCGUGCAUUCUGGGGGCAUGGCACCCGGCACACAGGGGGUGCGCUGCGCGUGUCCGGGGGGGCCACCGCAAUAGCAUCCUACCGGAAUAGUGGUCCUGGGGACGGUCUGCUCCCUCCGCACUCCCAUUCCUCCGCCAACCAACUACAUAAGGUUGUUAGUGAGGAUAAAAUGAGUAAGGGGAGAACCAUGUACACAACGCUAGGCUAUUUGGAGGGAGGGAGGAUAUUAAUGUGAUAAAUAAAUAAAGUGAAUAGAUUGUUAAAUAUGAGAAAUGAUGGGAUGGAGAGGCUCAAUGCAUGUCAUUGUAUGUGUGUGAGGACACACACUCCCUCCCCCAAAGUGCAUUUAAGGGGUGAAAGUGCUUCAGUGGUGUAUGUUGUUGUCAUUGCAGUCGACCUUCCAUCCCCACAAACCCUGCAGAAGUUGCAGGUGCCCAUUAUUGACUCCAAAACAUGCAGUGCCCUCUACCGCACCAACAUAGCUGAUGGCCCGAUCCCACGGGUGAUCAAGGAUGAUAUGAUCUGUGCUGGCUUUGCGGAGGGCAGGAAAGAUGCAUGCAAGGUGAGAGUGCUUAUCUGUUCAUUCACUUUUAAAAACGUGUAAAUACUCCUCCUGAUCCUCUAUUAUUGCUUGGCAACUUCUGCUGCUAGCACAGAUGGAUAUUUGUGUGUAUGUCUUAAGAGAGUUGAAAGUAGUUUGAAGGCCAAACUAGAUAUGACAGGAAGGCAUGAUUGCAUUUAAUGUUUCUUGUUGUUGUUUUUUUAAAAAAAUCAAAUAAAAACUACAGAGGGAAGGGUUCACAGAAUGCAGGAGUGAUUAGCUCUCCCUUCCCACUGUGGUUUCAAUUAAAAUUCAAUGGCCUCCAUAGUUGCUGUUAGCUACAAGAAUAGCUGCAAGAAUAGAGAUGGUGUUUCAGUUUUGGUUCUGUUAAUUUUUCAUUUCCCCAACUCAAUUCUCUACUCCUUCAGCUUCCAGCAUCAGACAAAAUGCACCCUGGCCUAUUGUUCUCCUUCCUAGGAUGAAGUGGUAUCAAACCAGGUCAGGGGUGGGGUGUAGAAAUGCUUAUCCCCCCCCCCAAAGCAUUUUUUAUUUCUCAUUAUGACAUCUCUUCUUAUCUUACUCUUUGAGAUGCCGAUGAAGUCAGCCAAGGCAAAGCAACUGGUUCGAGCAGUUCACCAGGUUUUUUAUUUCAGAUUCUAACCUCACAGACACAGGUUCAGAGGCCUGGAAGGGACCCCAUGGAUAUAAUUCAGAUUGACCAGUCCCCCUCCCUCUCAAAAAAAUAUAACAACUGUCAUGGCAUGCUAAAUUUCAUUCACACAAGUGGACAUGGAGUGACACAACAGCAGAUGUCAAUAGAAAUGUUGCAACUUUUUAUUUGCAUGUGUGCUUCUGUUCCCCUCAGAUUGCCUCAUGAAAAUGGGGGGUGGGGUCGGGUGGGGUAAAUAACUGUAUGCUGGAACACUGCCUCAAGUUUCAUCACAUGCUGUGAACCACGCAAACACCACAAAACUCCUGCACUUUUCAGGGUUUACACAGUUGCAAGCAUCUUUGCUCUGGAACCAAUUAAUAUAGGAAUAAGUACGGAACUCCUGCUAGCUUUCCAUGUGCCUUUUAUGUCAUGUGAAAAAGCACAUAAAAUGCAGCAAUCAUUGGGUAAGAAAACAUUGGGGACACAAAAUAAAUUGCUGUCUAAAUGCAGUCUUAGUUCAUUCUGCGGUGCUCUGGGGCAGCAAAAAAAUAGAAUGGAAAUAAACCAGAACAUUUGUGGUAUAAAAAGUUAUGGGAUUUGAGCUGAAAGUCAAGGGAUAUGCACUCACUGGAAAUGGUAGGUGACUGUUCCAAAUCUUCUGCAUGCAGAAACAGUACUGAGAGUAGGAUUGUGUGUGACAGCCCCAACAGCAUCAUGGGUGCAAAUCAUCACGAAUGUGCAUUAAAAAGAACAUCUAGGGGGCACACAGUGUUCAAAACUGAACUCACCACUUUAUAUCUCCUAAAAUACACCUGCUGUUAAAAUUAAUAGAGGACCUUGCUGGUGAUAGCAACUGUGCCAUUCAUUGCCCCUAUUAUUCAUUUCUGUUUCUUUGUUUCACAGGGUGAUUCUGGGGGCCCCAUGGUAUGUCCAGUUGGCCAGUCAUGGGUCUUGGCUGGCAUUGUGAGCUGGGGUGAAGGAUGUGCCAUUGAGAACCGCCCUGGUGUGUAUAGUCGGCUCACGUACUACCAAAAGUGGAUCCACAGCCAUAUCCCAGGCAUCCAAUUUGUCAAAGACCCAAAUAGCCAUGGACUACGUGAAUGGCGUGACAUACAUUACUUGAGAUCAGACACCAGUGGGCAAAAGCAUCCUGGAGUCCACUUACCUUCCCACGCCUCUUCUCUCAGUGCCAGCCUUCUGAUGUUCUUGCUGUGUCUACUGAUUCUCAUAUAA